AACCAAACGAUAAACGCACGCCAGUCAAAAACAAAAUAUAAAAAAAUAAAAUAGAAAACCUACACACAACGUGAACGAAUUGUGCAAGCAAAAGAACACAAGUUUAUUAAAUUAAUAGUAAAACACAAGUGCAUAAGUGCGGUUCCUUAUUUUAGUGAAAAAAUACGUAAAAGGCAACGCAGCUCAAAAUAUUAAAUUAAAAUACGAAAUGCGUGCACGGGCCAAUUACAAUUAACGACAACUGUAACAGUGACUGUAAACUGUAACUGUAACUGUAAACUGUAAGCGAAGGGCCAGCCAGCAGCCGAAAAUAUGUGCGCAGAAUUUUUGUUUAGCCAGUGGAAUUGAUUUUCUUACGUUGCCGUUGCCUUUAAGUUGAUGUUGCUUUUUUGUUAGCACAUAUUCAAAACUUACACACACCCACCCCCACACACACACACACACACACACACACACACACAAAUAUGAGUGAGCUAAGCUGCCUGGGACUGCUGCUGUUGCUGCUCAGCGCGAGUGCACAGCUGACACAGCCGACGUCAACGUCAGUGGAUAUCAGCAGCAGCGGCAGCGGCAGCAAAAAGCAUCAGCAGCACACACACUCGAACGCCAUCAUGGGCGAGGCGGGCGUGUCCAGCACGCAGCUGCAACAGCCACAACAGCCUGCGCGAACGCUGCGCCCGCUGUCCGGCAGCGAUGCGGGUCUCUACGAUGCGCCCGACGACUGCCACUUCAUGCCCGCUGCGGGCUUGGAGCAGCCGGAGAUAGCGCUGACCUGCAAUCUGCGCACCGUAAACAGCGAGUUCGAUACGACAAACUUCAGCGUGAUCCCAGCAGAGCACACAGUCGCCCUGCACAUCCUCUGCAACGAUGAGAUAAUGGCCAAGAGUCGCCUCGAGGCGCAGUCGUUUGCCCAUUUGGCGCGACUCCAGCAGCUGUCCAUUCAGUACUGCAAGCUGGGCAAGCUGGGCCGCCAAGUGCUCGACGGAUUGGAGCAGCUGCGUAAUCUCACGCUGCGCACCCACAACAUACUCUGGCCGGCCUUGAACUUUGAGAUUGAGGCCGAUGCCUUUGCAGUGACCAAGCAGCUGGAGCGCUUGGAUCUGAGUGCCAACAACAUCUGGUCGUUGCCCGAUAAUUUAUUCUGUGCGCUGUCCGCACUCUCAGCUCUGAACAUGAGCGAGAAUCGCCUGCAGGAUGUGAAUGAGCUCGGCUUUCGUGAGCGCAGCAAGGAUUUGGCCGGCAGCAGCAGCACUGAGGCCAGCACGACGGAGGCGGCUGCCAAGCGAGCGGCCAGCGCCUGCAAUCUGGACUUACAGCUGUUGGACGUAAGCUAUAAUCACUUUGUCCUGCUGCCCGCCAAUGGCUUCGGCACCUUGCGGCGUCUGCGUGUGCUACACGCCAGCAACAACGAGAUCUCCAUGAUUGCCGACAAGGCGCUGAGCGGCCUGAAAAGCCUGCAGAUUCUCAAUCUCAGCUCCAACAAGAUUGUCGCGCUGCCCUCCGAGCUCUUCGCCGAGCAGUCCAAGUCCAUCCAGGAGGUCUACUUGCAGAACAAUUCCAUCAGCGUGCUGAGUCCGCAGCUGUUCUCGAACCUGGAGCAGCUGCAGGCGCUCGACUUGUCCUCCAAUCAAAUCACCUCCACCUGGACGGACCGCAACACCUUUGUGGGGCUCAUACGCCUCGUGCUCCUGAGUCUCUCGCACAACAAGCUCAGCAAACUGGAGCCGGACAUCUUCCGCGAUCUCUACACGCUCCAGAUUCUGAAUCUGCGUCACAACCAGCUCGAGAACAUUGCCGCCGACACCUUCGCGCCCAUGAACAAUCUCCAUACGCUGCUCCUCUCCCACAACAAGCUCAAGUACUUGGACGCCUAUGCCCUGAACGGACUCUAUGUGCUCUCCCUGCUGUCGCUGGACAACAACGCAUUGAUUGGAGUGCAUCCCGAAGCGUUUAGGAACUGCAGCGCACUGCAGGAUUUGAACUUGAAUGGCAACCAGCUGAAGACGGUGCCGCUGGCGUUGAGGAACAUGCGACUGCUCCGCACUGUGGAUCUGGGCGAGAACAUGAUCUCGGUCCUGGAGGAGAGCGCCUUCAAGGGCUUGGGCAAUCUGUACGGACUGCGUCUGAUUGGCAACUAUCUGGAGAACAUUACCAUGCACACGUUUCGCGACUUGCCCAGCCUGCAGAUUUUGAACCUGGCCAGGAACCGCAUUGCUGUGGUCGAGCCAGGCGCCUUCGAGAUGACCUCCAGCAUUCAGGCCAUCCGCUUGGACGGCAAUGAUCUGAGCGAGAUUAACGGCUUGUUCAGCAACAUGCCCUCGCUACUCUGGCUAAACAUCUCCGACAAUCGCCUGGAGAGCUUCGACUAUGGCCACGUGCCCAGCACGCUCCAGUGGCUGGAUCUGCACAAGAACCACCUGAGCCUGCUGUCCAACCGGUUUGGUCUGGACGCCGAGCUGCGGCUGCAGACCCUGGACGUCAGCUUCAAUCAGCUGCAGCGCAUCGGACCCAGCGCCAUACCCAACUCCAUUGAGCUGCUGUUCCUCAACGACAAUCUGAUCACCACUGUGGAUCCGGACACAUUUAUGCACAAGGCCAAUCUCACGCGCGUCGACCUCUACGCCAAUCAGAUAAGCACGCUGGACAUCAAGUCUCUGCGUAUUCUGCCGGUGGCGCAACAGCGUCCACUGCCCGAGUUCUACAUUGGCGGAAAUCCCUUCACCUGCGACUGCAACAUCGAUUGGCUCCAGAAAAUCAACCACCUCAGCUCGCGGCAAUACCCACGCAUCAUGGAUCUGGAGACCAUCUACUGCAAGCUGCUGAACAAUCGCGAACGCGCCUACAUCCCGCUGCUGGAGGCCGAGCCCAAGCACUUCCUGUGCAACUACAAGACGCACUGCUUCGCCGUCUGCCACUGCUGCGAGUUCGACGCCUGCGACUGCGAGAUGACCUGCCCCACCAACUGCAGCUGCUUCCACGACCAGACCUGGUCGACAAACAUCGUCGAGUGCUCGGGUGCGGGCUACUCGCAAAUGCCGCGACGCGUGCCCAUGGACACCACCGAGUUGUACAUCGAUGGCAACAACUUUGUCGAGCUGGCGGGCCACUCCUUCCUCGGACGCAAGAACCUGGCGGUGCUCUAUGCCAACAACUCGAACGUGGCGCACAUAUACAACACCACGUUCAGUGGGCUGAAGCGGCUGCUGGUGCUGCACCUGGAGGACAACCACAUCGUGUCGCUGGAGGGCUCCGAGUUCCACAACCUGGAGAAUCUGCGCGAGCUCUACCUGCAGUCGAACCGCAUUGCCAGCAUAGCCAACGGCAGCUUCCAGCCGCUGCGCAAGCUGGAGGUGCUGCGCCUGGACGGCAACCGGCUGCUGCACUUCGAGGUCUGGCAGCUGUCGGCGAAUCCCUACCUGGUGGAGAUCAGUCUGGCGGACAACCAGUGGAGCUGCGAGUGCGGCUACCUGGCGCGCUUUCGCAACUAUCUGGCGCAGAGCGCUGAGAAGAUUGUGGACGCCGCUCGCGUCAGCUGCAUCUACAACAAUGCCACGAGCGUGCUCCGGGAGAAGAACGGCACCAAGUGCACGCUGCGCGACGGCGUCGCCCACUACAUGCACACCACGGAGAUCGAGGGACUGCUGCCGCUGCUGCUGGUGGCCAGCUGCGCCUUUGUGGGCUUCUUCGCGCUCAUCUUCGGACUGUUCUGCUAUCGCCAGGAGCUGAAGCUGUGGGCGCACUCGAGCAGCUGCCUUUUGAGCUUCUGCUAUCGCACGCCGCGCUUCGUCGACCAGCUGGACAAGGAGCGGCCCAACGACGCCUACUUCGCCUACUCACUGCAGGACGAGCACUUCGUCAAUCAGAUACUGGCCAACACGCUGGAGAGCGACCUGGGCUACAGACUCUGCCUGCACUACCGCGACGUCAACAUCAAUGCCUACAUCACCGAUGCGCUGCUCGAGGCGGCCGAGAGCGCCAAGCAGUUCGUGCUGGUGCUGUCCAAAAACUUCCUCUACAACGAGUGGACGCGCUUCGAGUACAAGAGCGCGCUGCAUGAGCUCGUCAAGCGUCGCAAGCGCGUCGUCUUCAUUCUCUACGGCGACCUGCCGCAGCGCGACAUUGACCUGGACAUGCGCCACUAUCUGCGCACCAGCACCUGCAUCGAGUGGGACGACAAGAAGUUCUGGCAGAAGCUGCGUCUGGCCCUGCCGCACGCCCGUGGCAGCAACAACAACAAGCGCGUCACCGGCUGCCUCGCCGCCCGCAACUCCAGCGUCAACAUGUAUGCCACAGCUCACGAGUAUCAGUCGGCGCCAGUGCCCGCCACAGCAGCUCGCAUUGCCGACAAGCUCUAUGCGGACUGCGGCAGCAACAACUAUGCCACCAUCAACGAGUGCGGCGCCCGCGGCUACAAGCCCAUACCCACAACAGCAGCCGCUGCCGCCGCCGCCUGCAAGUUCAACACCAUGAACCAGCUGUCCAAGAAGCAGCGCGAGCUGAGCGUGGCCGGCAUGGCCAAGACGCUCGAGCAUCAGCACCAUCACCCGCAGGCGCAGCUGCAGUCGCAGUUGCCUUCGCAGCGCCGCAGCCAGCAUGAGUAUGCGGUGCCGGCGUAUCUGCCAGUGGGUCAGGGCCAGGGCCAGGGCCAGGCACCCGCCUACGACAGCGUCGAGUAUGCCAAGCGCAUGGCGGCGGCUGUUGGCAACAGCAACUGUGAGUGCAUUGGCACGGCCAAACGACUGGUCAAGGGUCAGGCGCCCGCGCUGCCCAGUAGCUUUAGCUCGAACUUUGUAGCGCCCGCCAUUGCCGCUGGCGCCUACAACUGCAAGAAGCCCUGCAACUGCAAUGCGGAUGAUGAGCUGCUGUGCGGCUGCGGUGGGUUGGAGAGCGGUACGCAGAGCAGCGCUACCAUGAGCAGCAGCAGCAAUAAUAGUCGCCAGCCGGAGCUGACGCAUUACGAGUCGAAUUUGAGUCUAAACGAGUUGGACGAUGGCGGCGCCAGCAAGCCGCUGCAUGAUUUGUGGGCGUAACCGGGAGACCCGCGCCCACGCCUACGCCCAUGCUCACAAGCCACAAACCAGUGAAUUUAACUAAAUUAUAGAAUUGGGGUAAAAAGCAUAGCAUACUUUUUGGGGGGAAAGGGGGUCAGCAGUUGGUAUUGGGGGGAACGACUUG